AUGGUAGUUUGUGAGAAGAUGAAGCAUGUGGACUUUGUUGUCUAUUUUAAUUCAACUGAAUGUGAAGUUCAAUGCAUUUGUCGGUUGUUUGAGUUUAGAGGCAUUAUGUGUGCUCACUCACUCGCUGUGCUUGUCAGAAGAUGCAUAAAUGAGGUGCCAAGUAAAUACAUUUUGCCCCGGUGGAGAAAAGAUGUGGAUAGAGAAUACGCAUGCAUCAAAACAACAUACACCGGCUUUGGGAAUGAUUUCAAUGCAAGUACCUAUGAGAGGAUGAACAAAAAAUUGAUUGCCAUUGUACAACUUGCUGGUAACUCUGAAGGCAAAACUAGAAUUGUAGAGCUUGGGUUGGAUGAAAUCAAGGAGAGAGUCAUGAAAGAAAAAUCCGGUUAUGGGAGUCAUUUACCAUGUUCAACAAGAAGUCCGAUUCACACCAGUUCUAUACAAGGAGGUACUAGUAGGAAAGUGAUUAGUCUUUUGGUUGCUAGGCGAAGAGAUCGUCCAGUUACGAAACGGAAGGUUGCCAAAGUAGAUCAAAUUGUUAAUCGGUUCAAGGCUGCUAAGUUGCUUCGAUUUGAAGCUCAAGCUCAAGCUCAAGCUCAAGCGUAUACACCGUAUUAUCCUUAUAUGGUUGGCACAGAAAAUAGUAUGUAUAUACCGGUGGCCCAUGGUAUUGGAGGCACGUCUCUUACUCCAUCGGACUUCAUAAGUGGCACACAGGGAAGUUUGAUGAGUGCUCCAACUCAGAUUUAUAGUUCUGCAUCGGGAAACUUGGAUAUUACAGACUUGUUUGACUAG